UCUUAACCCGCUUUUAGUGUUGUUUUGCUGUCCUGCUGGCUCUAACUGACUGCUUGUUUCUUCUGCUACGCGUCGCCUACGUUCUGGCAAUGGCUCCCAGACUCUAGUGUACAUUGACAACAGGGAGAUCAUUCUGGUCCUGAUAAGCAGAGGGAGAGGAGAAUUAUAAAGGGAAUACAAGCCGAGACCAGUGGGCAGUGAGUGGAGAACAUGUCUGACAAUGAAGUAGAAAAGUUUGAAAUCACCGACUAUGAUUUGGAGCACGAGUUUUCACAAAACCGGCCUGGACGGCGGCAGACCAAAGAGCAACAGAUCUAUGGCAUGUGGGCACAGGAGAGUGGAGGAGAAGAGGAAGGUGAUGCAGACCCAGGAAGCAGUGUUCCUCCUCCAUCACGGCUCAGUGUGCUGCGAGGAGGGCUCAACUUUGUGUCUGGUGGCAUCCAACAGGCCGGCAAGAAAAAGGAUGCCACGAAAGGUGAUGGCUCAGAUGGUGAAGAGUCGGAGUCUGAACUGUCCUCCCGACCAAUGUUUGGAGCUGGAGGAGCUGCAGAUUCAAGUGAUGAAGAUGCUCCAAGACAGCUUCCAGCAUCUUUUGGAGGCAAAAAGUCAUCCAGCCAGCCAUCAUAUACCUCUUCAAAAAGACAGGACAUUGCAGGGAUGAGAAGAGGAGGAGGACGAAGUAGUGGGGGAUCAAGUCUUUUGGGCAGUGGUCUGGGAGACUGGGAGAAGUACACCUCUGGUAUUGGGAGUAAGCUUCUAAAGAAGAUGGGUUUUGAGGAAGGCAAAGGUUUAGGUAAAAAUCUGCAAGGUAUAUCAACACCAGUAGAAGCUAACAAAAGGAAGGGAAAAGGUGCAAUUGGCUUUUAUGGAUCAGAAAGAUCAGAAAGAUCUCUGAAGGAUUUUCCAACUCAUGAUUCAGAUGAAGAAGAAAAAGAAAAAUUCAAAGACCUCUUACAGCAAUGGAAGAAGACUGGAGGGAAAAAGAAGAUAAAGUACAUAUACAAGAGUGCUGAGGAAGUGAUACAAGAAGGGAGGACAAAGAAACUCAAGCCAACUGAUGACAGUCACAUCACAAAGACUAAAGUCAUUGACAUGACUGGACCAGAAACCAGGGUUUUGAGUAGCUACCAUGCCAUUGCUGGACAGAAAAACCUUGUAGAUGAAUAUGAAGAAGACAAAAAGAAGAAGUAUGAACAUUUUGAUCUUCCUGAACUACUGCACAACCUCCAGAUUCUGUUAGAGAAGUGCGAGGAUGAUAUCAUCCGUAAUGCUCGGACGGUGGAGAGGGAAAGUGACAGAGUUGUUCACCUGACCCAUGAGCAGGAAAAGUAUGAAACUUUGUUAGAGAGAGAGAAAAAAGAAUUGGAAGGACUUGAUCAAGCUCUGGCUCUAGUUGAGAGUCUUGAAACAAGACACAAAGAACAAACAUUAACUCUUAGUGAAGCUACAAGCAUUUUUAGUGAACUGAAGUCUGAUUAUCAGAAAAUAUAUAACACAUUUGAGAUCCCUUAUUUAGCUCCUACUUAUAUAACACCUCUUUUGAAGGAAUUAUUAAGAACAUGGAAUCCUUUAGCACAACCAGCAGGUCACAAAGAGGUGUUUGCAACAUGGCAAAGAUUGGUGGAAGUUGGAGACAGCCAACAACCACAGCAGCAACAGCAGCCAGAUGGCAGUGUGCCCCUGGAUCCAUAUCACCACUUAGUAUGGGAAACAUGGGCAUCUGCAGUAAGGUCAGCCAUCAUGGGUCCUUGGGAACCCCGAGAUUGUUCACCACUCUUGGCUGUCCUUGAGGCAUGGAAUGUUCCUCUGGUGCCCAUGUGGAUCCAGGCCCACCUUCUGCAGCAUGUCAUUUUGCCCCGCAUUACCCGAGCAGUUCAGAACUGGAAUCCUCUGCAAGACACAGUGCCCAUCCACACCUGGUUGCACCCAUGGCUACCUCUCUUGGUAGACAACCUUCAGUCUGUGUAUCCUGUUAUACGGCAGAAGCUGUCGGCUGCUCUUGUCCACUGGCACCCCAAUGACCGCUCGGCUAAGAUGGUCUUACAGCCGUGGAAGAGAGUGUUCAGUGACAUCUCAAUGACCACCUUAUUACAAACUAAUAUCCAACCAAAAUUAGAAACUGCACUUUUGGAAAUGGCUAUUACGCCACACAACCAGAAUCUGGACCCAUGGCAUUGGUUCCUAGACUGGGAUGACCUCCUGCCCCCUCAGAUCACUCUAGAUAUCAUGGAGCGUUGCUUCUUCCCUCAGUGGUACCAAGCCUUGGGUGCCUGGCUUUCCUCUAAUCCACCCCAUCAGGAAGUAAUAGCUUGGUACAAAGGUUGGCGGGACCUCAUUCCCAAGAGCCUGUCCAAUCACCUCCAGGUACGCCAGAAAUUCCAACAAGCCCUGGAGGUGUGCAGCCGUGCCCUCAGCUAUCAGCUAGGUGCCUCGGACCAGUUCAACCUUCUCCUAGCAGGUCUUGACAAGCUGAAUGAGCCGCCUCCUCCUCCUCCCUUGGGUUCUCCUCCUCAACAACGCUCCAAGGACUGGGCAGACAUCAUCAGCAGCGCACGGCGAGAGACCCUGAGCAUGAGAGAGGUGGUUGAACGCAGGUGUCAGGAGCGUGGCAUUGUGUUUGUGCCAAUGCCAGACCGCAAACAUGAGGCGCGCCCGGUGUACCGCUGUGGAAAACUUAACGUGUCAUUCAAUAAGAAUAUAAUAUAUGUACAAACUGAACGAGGCUGGAUGCCAAAGAGUUUAACUACCUUGCUUGAUGAUGCAUAAGUGUAAUUAAUUUAUUUUGUCUUAUUUUUUGAAUAAAUUGGAACUAUUCAA